ACGCUGUAGUGACGUGCCUAAGAUGCGCCAGCUCUUCCGGAAACACGGGCUGUGGAGAAGUCACCUCAUGGCGGCGGAGAGCAGCUGAUGGUCACCCCAUGAGGAGGUCCCCCUCUAACGGACAAAACACUCCGGGAUCUAUCUGGCUUGUGACGGCUACCGUCCAGUCGCCUCCACAUCCCUUCAUCCUCUCAUGGUUUCAUGAGCAUUUCCAGUUUGGCAGGGGUUUUCUCUCUUAACGGGAACAAUGGUAAAAUACUUCUUGGGAAUAAAUGUGCUGAAGAGCUCUUGGGACCAAGUUUCAGCUGCAUUUUGGCAGCGCUAUCCAAACCCAUACAGCAAACAUGUCCUAUCAGAAGACAUUCUGUACCGUGAGGUAACAUCUGACCAGAAGCUGCUGACCAGGAAACUUUUGACCAAGACCAACAGACUGCCACGUUGGGCAGAACGCAUCUUUCCAUCCAAUGUAGCCCAUGCUGUGUAUAUCAUAGAAGAUUCCAUAGUAGAUGCUUCUAACAGAACUUUGACCACCUACACGUGGAACGUAAAUCAUGCAAAAAUCAUGUCUGUGGAGGAAAGAUGCACAUACUGUGAAAAUUCUGAGAACAGCAGCUGGACAGAGAUCAAGCGUGAAGCCUGGAUAUCUUCCAAAGUGAUUGGCUUUACCAGGCCCAUUCAGGAAUUUGGUCUGGCGCGGUUUAAAAGUAAUGUGACCAAGGCAAUGAAGGGUUUUGAGUUUAUUUUGGCAAAAAUGCAAGGUGAUGCUCCUCCAAGAACUCUCGUAGAAACAGCCAAGGAGGCUACAGAGAAAGCGAAGGAGACUGCACUAGCAGCAAAAGAAAAAGCCAGGGACUUGGCUAGCAAGGCAGCUACAACCAAGAAGCAGCAGUAUGUGUAAUGCUGCUUAUGUAUAGAUCAGUCUAGAGUAGCUGGUACUGUUGCAUGGUUCAUCUGUCACCUGAACUGAAAUCUACUCUAUCCACUUCUAUUUUGUAAAUUAAUGAUUUUGUUAUAUCAUAGCAAUCCAAAGGAAACUUGAAUGAAUAUAGUGAACAAAACAAUUUCUCUUUUCUAAGCCUUAAUUUAUGAAUAUAAAAUAAUCUGAUACAAUGUGCAAGGUAUAUCUUUCUGUGAUACUGUCAUAAUGACGCAAAUAAAGCUCAUAAGAAGAAGUCUUUUAAAGUU